AUGGAGCUGCUAAUCCCAUCUCAGGUAAUAGGAACAUUUGUAGCCUUAUUCUUCGUGUAUUACUUUCUAUGUAGAUCACGCCACACCAAGGGUGGAAGGGAAGCCCCAACACCAUCUGGUGCCUUGCCAGUCAUUGGUCAUCUCCAUUUGCUUGGGGGACAAAACUCACUUGCACGAACGCUUGGAGCUAUGGCCGACAAAUAUGGUCCGGCCAUCAUGAUCAGACUCGGCAUACAUCCCUCGCUGAUUGUGAGCAGUGGAGAGCUGAUCAAAGAAUGCUUCACUACCAACGACAGGGUUUUAGCUUCGCGCCCUAUUUUCGCUGCAGGCAAGUACUUGGGCUACCACUACGCUGUAUUUGGGUUAUCACCUCAUGGGUCAUAUUGGCGUGAGAUCCGUAAGUUAUCCACUGUUGAGCUACUUUCCAAAUCCCGUCUUGAGAAGCUGAGGCAUGUUCGGUUCUAUAAUCCAUCAAAGAACUGUAUUCACUUUGGGCCAAAGACAAUAGUGGGCGACCUAUGA